AUGGCGAGAAAUAUUACAGGUUUUGUUAAAGCUCAAUCGGAUAAUUUACCAAAAUUAAACGUUUUAAUGGUUGCUGACUUUUUUAGUGAAAAUGAAUUUUUUAACGUGGCAGAGACAAGAGGUGUUAAAGCUAAAAGGGCUGAAGAUAAAGAUUAUGGUGAUGCAGCUGUGGGAUACGUUGAAGUAAAACGUGAAGGUAAUUUCUGCCAAGUCCGAGGGAAAAUAUGUCCUGAACAUAGAGUAAAUAAUAAACCUUACUCUGUAUCGAUGCUUGUUAACGAAGAGAUAGACAAGGUCGAAUAUGUUCGAUGCGAAGACUGUGCAGCUGUAUAUGACUUACAUUGAAAUGGUGUUCACAACAAAACAAACUACUAGUCAGCGAUAUAGUUGAAGCAUCAGUUCGGCCUGAGAUUUCGAACCAUUUUCUUCGAAUCUCUCCUUUUGGCACUGACAGGAAAAUUGUUGAUGGAGAACAGAUAUUGUUUUGAGUGCAUGAAGGCACAAAACACCACUUGUAAUUUCUUUUUUUCUCUGCCAUUACUCGUUUCUGCAAAUUUUCUGCCAUUUCACAUCGGUUUAUGUAAAUUUUAAAUCAACUGUCAACAACAGCUGUCACCGACCUAACCUAACUUAUUUUAAUAAAAUAGUGAAUAU